CUCUCCCCCGCAAUCGACGAUUGUGACCGAAUUGUGACAUUGGCAUAUUUUGACUAGUCCAUGUUUUCUCUCAAGCAGCCAAUUAAAUUACUAUCUACGAUACCUCUGUCAGCCAGAUUCCUCCGCUUCCGCCUCCGCCAACCUUGACCAGUUCGACGUUAAAUCACGUCACUGCCAAAUCCAAGCGAACAACCACAAUAACAUCUUCUGGCACUUAGCUUCCUCCUUCUUGAUCAAACAACUUCUCUCAAAUACUGAAGUUGACCGAACCGCUUCUGAAUAGUUGAAUAAAAACCCAAAACCCAAGAGUCUUCAUCCAAAAUGAAGCUCUUCUCUCGGCUGUUAGUGCUUGGCCUCGCCGCUGAAGUCACUCUUGCAAGCAACUGGUUUAGCAAGUCUGUUUACAACAAAUGGCACGAAACCGAGCUCGAGAGAUGGUUGUCUGAUCACAACGUCCCAUAUCCUACCCCCGCCGAUCGAAAGGAUCUCGAGAACCUAGUCAAGGACAACUGGCAGUCCAAGAUCGCCCAGCCAUACAAUGACUGGGACAGCACCCAGCUCACCUCCUAUUUAAAGCUAAGGGGUGUUGAGACCAAGGAUACUGCCGCUGCCAACAAGGAUGGCUUGGUUGCCCAAGUCAAGAAUUACUGGUACGAGACCGAAGAUAAAGCCGAUGACGCAUGGGCAAGCGUGAGAGAUUGGAUCUUUGACAGCUGGACAGAAUCUCAACUCAAGGCAUUCUGUGACAAGCAUGACAUCCCCGUGCCCCAACCAAGAAAGCGAGAUACCAUCCUCCAGAAGGCCCGCUCAAACUACGAGACAGUUGCCAAGAAGGUCGGCGAAACAGCUAGCUAUCCUGGCAACUGGCUCUAUGAGACCUGGUCUGAGUCUGAUCUGAAGGAGUUCCUAGAUUCCAACGGGAUCCCCGCACCUCAGCCGUCGAGUCGAGACAAGUUGAUUGCUAGUGUCCGUCGCAAUGCUCGUAUCGCCAGCUUGAAGAUGGCCGACAUGCAAGCUUCUAUGACAAAGUCCGCUUCCGAUGCCACUCAAACAUUGAGCGACCAGCUUCUUGACUCUUGGUCUGACUCUGAAAUCAAGGCGUGGGCUGACAAGAACGGCAUUCGAGUUCCUCAAGGUAGCAAGAGAAACGAGUUAUUAGCCAUUGCCCGCAAACACCGAGCUCAGCUCACUGGAGACAAUGUUUCGGACCCAGCGAAGAGCGCUUUUGGUGCUGCUACGUCCAGUGCCAAUAACCAAUACGCAAAGGCCAGCGACGACGCUCAAUUGAUGGCGGAGGAUGCAUUCAACCAGGCUACAGGAACGUGGAGCGAGUCUCGCCUGAAAGCUUACCUUGACUCUCGAGGCGUCCCGGUCCCACAGUCUAGUAAGAAGGAUGAGCUCUUGGCCGCCGUCCGCUUGAACAGACACAAGGCUGCCACAGGUUGGUCAGCCUGGACCUUCGAUACAUGGACUUUGGAGAACUUGAAGGCCUACCUGGCAACAUCUGGAAACAAGGCCGCAGAAAAGGCCAGCAAGCAGACUGGUGCUACUCGCGAGCAACUGCUCUCGGCUGCCCAAGCUGCUUACGCUGAAGCCUCGAAGACUGGUGGCACUUCAUAUGCCUCGGUCACAUCUUACUUGGCCAAGCAAACCGAUGCCGCAAAGGAUUCUAUUUUCGAUACCUGGUCUGAGUCUGAGCUCAAGAACUAUCUUGACUCAUAUGGAUUCAAAGUUCCUCAAGGUUCCACCAAGAACCAACUAGUUGCAUGGGCCCGCAACCAGAGAAACUACUUCCAAUAUGGCACCACCACUCCUCAAGGCACUCUUUGGGCUAAGCUCCAAAACGGAGCGCAAUGGGUCUUGGACCAACUAAGCAUCGGCGCUGCCGCUGGACGUAAGCAAGCCAGCUACCAAGCUGAGAAGGCCGGUGACUCUGUCAAGGAGGGUGCUACAUAUGCCAACAACCGUGCAGGCGAAGCUACUCAGAAUGCUUAUGACAAAGUUAAGGAGGAACUGUAGAUGAAUGACUGUAUGGGCAGGAAGGAGAAUGAAGGAAGGAAUGAGGACACCCGUUUUCUUUGGGUGGAAUGCAUAGGGUUUCUUUCGAUGAGAUUGCACGGAUUGAUAUUUGGGCGUGGGAUAAGAAAAGAGGCAAUAAAUUGAUUCAUUUCUGCUCUUGAUCUCAAUCUGGUGAUCUGUGCUGUCAACACAUAUUCAUAUGAAUUCCUAAUUUCAGCGCGAGUGAGUCCAGGAACACUUCUUCUACAGCAGGCAAUGAAAGCAAGAUAGAUUGAGCUGGCGGAAAAAUAGAGGGCACAUUUAAACAUGGUUAUGUUAUAUUUUGACCGG